AUAUUUAUGCCAAGUAAUGGGGUCUACAUUUAUGUGACUGAUUUAUCUAAAGAUCUUGAUGAUGUAUGUGUUGAUGAAGAAGGAGAACCGACAAUGGAAGGCAAGACAUCAAGAGAAAGUAUUCUCAGUUGGAGUAAUUCAAUUCACGCCCAUGUAUCCACAAAGACAGACUUACAAUAUAAAUUCAAACCAAGUAUUGUUAUUGCAGGAACAAAGAUAGACAAGAUCACAGAGCUUAAAGAGAUGCUACUGAAACUUGCGCAAAGCAAGACAUAUAAAGUACCAGAUAAAUGGGUGACGUUGGAGCUUACAAUAAAGCGUGAUACACUGAAGAAGGAUCAACUGGCAAUGAAACUGAACGAGGUCUAUCGUGUUGGUAAAGAUAUUGGUUUAUCUGAGAAAGAUGUUGAUGAUGCUUUGGCAUUUUUUCACAGUAUUCGUGAUAUCAUACAUUUUGCAGAUGACGAAGAGUUAGGUGAUGUUGUUAUUACUCAUCCACAGCGGUUGGUCGACCUGUUCAGACUUGUAAUCACAGAGAUGUUCAAUCGAGAUGAAAUGGAUGAAAAUCCGCUUCUCCUCAGGAUGUGGGCUAGGUUACAUGAGCAUGGAGUACUUGAUAUAAAGUUGGUGGAAGAAAUACUGAAGAAGGAUGGUCAAUUAGAAGAUAAGGAGAUUCUCUUACAAACAUUUAAAAUGUUUGACAUCAUAAUUCCAAAGCUUGAUACCAAUACUGAGUACUACAUGAUGUGUCUCCUGAAGAAAGCCGGAAAAGAAAAGGUACUAUUUCCAGAAGGCAGUAAAUCCAGUUCCUCACUCUACUAUCACUUCAAGGGUGGAUUUUUACCGGAUGGUUUCUUUCACCAGUUAGUCAUAAGAUGUCUAAGGAAAUGGCCACAUGCUUUGCUGUACCAAGAUAAUGCAAAGAUUUUUCUUGGAAAACACCAUUAUCUCAUCAUGUCCAAGAAGGCCUCUGACAUCAAACUGUCAGUGAUGACAACCAAAACAGGAGCUGUAGAUCUAUCAUAUGGUCCUGUAGUAAGACAGCAUGUCGAGCGGCAAGCAGGCGCCCUUCUGAAGAGAAACAACGCUGGCUUAUCAUACGCAGAAUGCUUGAGAUGUGACUGCGAAGGUCAUGACUCCAGUAAAGUAGCACCUGAACCUGAGACCCUUGAUGGUAUGGAUGAUGGAUGUGUAGAAGUCGAGCAUGGUGAGCCUUUGGUCUGCCAAAGAGGAACUGAAAUGAGUGAUUGUGGUCGCUCUUUUUGGUUCCCUGAAUCUACCACCUCAUCUGUGGAUACAACAGUUACUAAGGAUGAGAGGUUCAAUUAUAUGCUUGUAACACUUAAUUUAUAA